GAAGGAUUGAGGCCGACUGUCAUAAAUUUGAAGUUUAUUGAUUUGAUUUUCGAAAUUCGGGAAAAAUCCAAGUUGUAACUUUUCAAAAAGUUAAUCAAUUAAGGUAAUUCCACGAGGAAAACUCCAAAGAUAAUGGCAAAACAAGGAGGAAUCGUACAAUUCUUGCAGGGAUUGUACUAUGACGAAUUCAAAUGGGCCCUGGUGAAAAGCAUCGGAAUAUUCGCUCUCGGCGUACGGAUAGCACAGGAAUGCCAAGGAAUCGAGUUGGUUCCUUCUGUACCUUAAUUUUUCGCCUUUAUUGAGUUGUUAAAUAGUUGUGUUUUAUGUUUAGGAUAAAUUAAAUAGUGAUUAAAAACGAUGCAGUGUGUUUUUUUGAUUCACAAAUUCGUGUUUUUGCUUUUUGUGCUGCUGAAAUGCGCCCGGGGUGACCGGGUGCCCCCUAAUUUUGUUUAUAUUUUGACUGACGAUCAGGAUUUGAUGCUAAAUGGAUUGAUUGCCAUGAAAAAGUCUUUGAAUCUCAUUGGCGACAGAGGGAAAUUCUUUGUGCAUUCGUUUGUUAAUACUCCACUUUGCUGUCCGAGUAGAAGCACUAUUCUGACUGGAAAAUUUCCACACAAUCUUGGUGUUUUUAAUAAUUCGUUGGCUGGAAAUUGUUCCAGCGAAUAUUGGCAGAAGCAUCAUGAACCCCAUUCUAUUGCCGCUAUUUUGAAAAAUAGGGCGAACUAUACUACUUUUUAUGCUGGAAAGUAUCUUAAUCAGUACGGUUCUAAAUAUGUUGGUGGAACAGCUCAUGUACCAAAAGGAUAUGAUUGGUGGAUAGGCUUAAAAGGAAACUCGAAAUAUUACAAUUAUACCUUGUCCAUAAAUGGGACAAAUAUGCCAAUUAAAAAUUUAUACUUGACUGAUUUAUUGGCAAAUUACAGUUUAGCAUUUCUAAACCAAAAAAACAUUGAAAAUAAUCCAUUUUUCAUGAUGGUUGCUCCACCAGCGAGCCAUUCUCCAUUCAUACCACCAAAACGGUAUAUCCACAGAUUUCCAGGAGUCGGUGUAGUCACUAAUCCAUCCUUUAAUUACACUCCAGCUCAUAAACACUGGAUUGUUAAAAUGGCUCCCAAACGCCUCCCAACAAAUAUAAGUGUCCUGAAUCAAGUUCACAGAAGGAGACUACAAACACUGUUAGCUGUAGACGAUAUGGUGGAAAGAAUUGUUCUGCAGCUAAAGAAAAUGAAAGUUUUUCAUAAGACUUAUUUUAUUAUUAAUUCGGAUAACGGAUUUCAUAUUGGCCAGUUUGGUCAGCCCUGGGAUAAACGACAACCUUAUGAAGCUGAUACAAGAGUACCACUUCUGAUAAGUGGUCCUGGUGUAGGAAAAAAAAUCUUGGAACCGUAUCCUGUAUCAGCAGUAGAUAUGGCUCCAACAAUUCUAGAUUUGGCUGGUAUUAGGCCACCACAUCACAUGGACGGUAAAAGUUUCAAAAAGCAACUCCUGAACAAAAGAAACAGGAUUGGCUUUAGGUUUGUAUUUAUGGAGUAUUGGGGCGAGUCCAAUGAUAAAACUGUGGAGAAGAGUUGCCCCUGGACUUAUGAUGAUAACUUAAUGGAAUGCAGCGUUAGUCAAUGGUGUAAAUGUCAAGAUAGCCGCAACAACACGUACACAUGUGUGAUGGACUUUAGGGAAGAACUUCGGUUCAAGUAUUGUAAAUUUGAUGAUAACGAGCGUUUUGUGGAAGCCUACAAUUUAUCAUUAGAUCCUUACGAAUUGAGAAACGUUUUCCCGAAAAUGAACUCCAAGCUAAUCAGAUACUAUAACAACAUUUUGAAAAAGUUCAAAAAGUGUUCUGGUAAAAUGUGUAGGACUUUAUGAAAGUAAAUUCACCAACCUAUCAGAAAUAUAUUCUGAUUUGUAGCAUUAUUAAAACUUUUGUUGGUUUCAUAGGUGUGGUUUGUAUUUUAUAACAUAAUAUGUGAUAAGAAUUUAUGUUUUUGGAAAUGCUUUAUUGCGCUAUUUUGUAACGAAUUUCUUGCUAGACAUUGCAGUAUUAUAAUAAUAGAUAUAAAUUAAAAAAAUAUAUAGAAAGACUCCCUAGUGGGGGUGUCAUAUUAUGCCUAAAAAGUGAUUAGACUUUAAAGUCAUUUACAUUAAUUUGCUAAACAAGACAUGAUUUAUAGUAAAACGAUAAAUUAUAAUUUUUGCGAAAACUAUAGAUACUCAUUAGGUACUUACAAUAAUUUUUAGUUUUUAUUCACUGUGACAAAUUGAAGAAGUACCUACCUAAAUUUUUACACAUUUACAUUACCUAUAUUUAUUUGAAAAAUGUAACAGUGAUGUGAUUAAUCAAGCAAUACCUACUAUAUAGCAUUUUUCAUAUUAAUAAUUUUAAUUUGUGGAGACUAAAACAACGAAUCUUUUAAAAGCAUUAAUACACAGUUCUUUACAAUUGUUAACUCAAGUGGCAUUCCUGGCAUUAUUAUCUUCAAAUUAGCUGAGUAGACCCAAUAAGAAAUCGAGCUAGAAAAUAUAGAUGCCCAUGUUCUAAUAUCAAAUUUUUUUGUUGGAGAAUACUCUACUAUAAAUUUGUAAUUUUUUGCUAAACUAUAUAGACUUAGAUUGUGAUAUGUACUUAUCUAACAUAAUUAUAUAAUAAUUUUUAACAGCAGUAUUUACUUGGUUGUAGGUAUUUAAUAAUAUAUUUAUCCGAAUUAAAUUAUUUGCAUAUUGUUCUUAUUAAAAUUAUGUAUUAAUAAAGCUUUUUUUGUGGCUG